AUGCCGGCUACAGCAGCUCUGAUAGGCUCCCGCAUACGGACAACCAUCUACAUGGAUAUUGCCCAAUCUACCGGCCACCAAACGCGUGGGCUCGGCACUCAGAUCUACAAUAUUGCCACGGCAGUUGAACCAGACUUACUGAAGUACCAGGAUAGAGAAAGAUUCCCUUCUCUGAGGCUUAUAAAUCGGAGAGGGGAUCUGAGCGCCCCUUCUCCCAAAGGUUGGCUGUCUCACCUCAAACUGAUCAAGUCGCUAUUCGAAAUCCUGCCAACACCGGCUGACGGUCUGCAUACAUUUUCAAAGGAACUGCUAACGAUGCGGUACAUAUCCUAUCUGCUCGCCCUCGCGGCCCGGGCGCUGGCUGAGCCCUCGCCCAACCCCUAUCCCCAAUUCGGCUUCGGCGGUCUCAAUCAGAUGACCAUGCUUCGCUUUGGCUGCGCCAACAUUGUCAUCGACCGCAUCGACCCCCUCGUCAACCCGGGUCAGGUCCCAUCACCACACAUCCACCAGAUCGUCGGCGGAAACGCCUUUAACGUCACCAUGCCUACGGAUGAUGUUGCUGAGCACGCUACCUGCACGAGUUGCGCGUUCGCGGAUGACUUUUCCAACUACUGGACUGCUAACCUCUACUUCCGUGCGCGCAACGGCAGCUACAAGCGUGUGCCCCAAGGCGGACACGCCUACCAGUUCGGUGACAGGUUCAGCACCCAGACACAGGGCGGCAUUCUGGUGUACUAUGUGUCUGCCCAGCCUGGCCGGAUCACUGCCUUCAAGCCUGGCUUCCGCAUGCUGGUCGGCGAUCCGAACAUGCGUUCCCGCUCCGACACUCGCCUGCGGCGCCAGAACUGCUACCGCUGCUACACCGGCCCUAACUUCGGCGGCGACGUCGGCGCUCCAUGCAUGGACCCGGCCGUCGACACCGAGGCUCUCCCGAACAAGCCAUGCCCGGGCGGUAUCCGCUCCAAUAUUGCCUUUCCUACUUGCUGGGACGGCAAAAACCUCGACACUCCCAACCACCAAGACCACGUUGCUUACCCUGUCAACGGGCCCGCGGACUUCCUGUCUUUGGGAGGCAACUGCCCAUCCACUCACCCCGUCCGCAUCCCGCAGCUGAUGUACGAAGUCGUCUGGGACACUACUCAGUUCAACGACCGCUCGCUGUGGCCCGAGGACGGAUCACAGCCGUUCGUCCUCUCAACGGGUGACCCGACGGGGCUGGGCCAGCAUGGCGACUACGUGUUUGGGUGGAAGGGUGACUCGCUGCAGCGCGCGAUGGACACGGCAGGCUGCUUCGGCGCGCAGUGCGCUAAUCUAAGGACCCAGAGCAUUGAAGAGGCGCGGAGGUGCACUGUGAAGCAGGCGGCUAGGGAGGAUUAUGAUAAGUGGCUUGACAAGCUGCCUGGCGUUGAGAUGUAA